UCAGUUCCAACCAAGGAAGCAAAGCGAAAUCAAAUCAAAAUCGCAACAAUUGAACCGACACUGUUCAUCUUUUUCUAAUCUCUACCCACUCUUUUAACACGUCUCUGUUCCUAUUUGCAGUCACUUAACAUAAGUACGUUCAUUUCUCUGUCAAGACCGUGAGGGCUUCAAAUUUCAUCUUUUGGCUCUUCAGAAGCCACGGUUUUAAUUUAUUUUCUACAUUAUAUACGUUGAAUAAAAAGGGUUUCUCUCUGUUUUAUUUUUAUUUUUAUUUCCAACAAAAUCCCCUUACUUUUAUUUCUCACUCCGAUGCUUCCUGGCUGCCCCAUGAUCCUCCCAACAUAGAAUCCCGCCAUGACCAUCCCUAAACCCUUUUGAGUUUUGAUCUGUAUGACCAUGUCCCAAGGAUCUCCUUCUCCUCCUCUUGUUUCUAUCGAACCCUCUAACGGACCCUCGCCUGAACCCAAUUCUCAAGGCCCUAUAUCUGAUUCCCACAACGACGUCGUUCCAACGUCCAAGGAGGAAACCGCCGCCGCUCCCACCACUACCAGAAGCAACCGCCCGUCUCGCGCGUGCACCAUUCGAGCUUCUUCUCGUCUCUACUCUCAAACGCAGCCGGCGACAGACCGGCGACUCAAAGGUUCGAAGAAGGAGCAGCGGCUGCCGGAGGACUCGCCGGAGCAACAGCAGCAAUGUAGCAGGAUUGUAACACCGCUUGUGGAACCACCAUCACCUUCGCAGUUGCCUCGGUGGAACCUGAGGUCUAUGUGGGAGUUAGCUUCCAUACUCAAUUUCUUGCAUGUAUUUAGACCUCUUUUGAAUAUCUCAGCAGAAUUCUCAGCCGAAGAGUUUGAGACGGCUCUCCUUAACCCCAAUGACACAUUGAGUGAUAUACAUAUGCCCCUGCUAAAGGCAAUCCCUCCCAUUACACGAAUGGCACUCACACGUGAUACCUGGAUAACCAUAUUAUGCAGAAAAUUGAGAGAUUGGUGGCAUUGGGUUGCAAAUGGAGAACUUCCUAUUGUUGCUUCACAUGGGCUGGAAAUUGAGGCAUACAAAUCACUUGAUCCUGGGGUUCGUGUGGUCAUCUUAAAGGCAUUAUGUGACAUUCGUGUUGAGCAAGAAGAUAUUCGAAGUUAUAUUGACAACUCACUCAAACAUGGCAUUCAACUUUCAUCAUUUCGUAAAGAUCGUAUUGGGGGUGAUUCACAUGGAAUUUUUUAUUGGUAUGAAGAUGACCCCAUAAUUGGCCAUAGGUUGUAUCGGGAAGUAAGGAGAACUGAAGUGAUUCAAAUGAGGAAAGGGAAAUCAAAAGGUUCCCAGGUCAAUUCAAGUACAACAUAUCAGUGGGAAGCGGUUGCUACUAAUUUUGAUGAAUUUGUAGAUGUCACUGAUAAGCUUUUCUCUAGCAAAAACAAAAUGGAGAUGUUGCUAGGGAAAAAGUUGAAGAUAGACAUGCUUCCUGAGAUUGAGAAGGUUCAAAAGAAAAAAGAGCGAUUGCUGAAAAAGCAACAAAGAGAAGCUCUUCUUCUUGAUAAUUUCUUGGUUGCUGAUGGGAUUGGUCCUGGGCGGUCACUUCGUGGUAGGAAACCUGUUACCUACACAUUUGAUGAUUAUGAUCGGUCCAUCAAUGAGGCAAUUAAGAUGACAAAACGGAAACAACCAUCCCCAGAGCCUAUAACCAGGAGAGAAGUAGGUGAAAAACCUGAAGCUUUGACUAACGGUAAAUUAAGUGGGCCUUCACAUGCCCCUCAACAUCUGAGCUUUGGUAUGCCAUCUCCAAAUUCGCCUGACAUUGAUGAUGACGAGGAAGAGCUUAAAUCUGAACCAUUGGAUCGAAGCAACCGUCGAAGACAAAGACCUAUGCGGUAUUCAGAGAAAGAGUUUGUUGAAGCAAUUUCAGAUAAUGAGGCAGACUUUGACAGUGAUGAUGAUAUUGUUGGAGAAGCUGUAUAUGAUGAGGAAUAUCUCAGGCAACGUAAGCAAAGAAAGGUUUCUAGUAGCUCUGAAGGAGAUGAAGAAUAUCAGUGGGAUGAAGACCAUGUUGAAGAAGAUGAUCAGGAAUAUUCAUUGAGUACCAGUGAGGACAGCGGCCAGCCCCGAAAAUUCAAGCCUUUGGUAGGCCGUACUAGGAGGGAAACUAAACUCCAAUCUGUUGGUGAGAUUCAAUCAGGUCUACGACGCAGUAAAAGGGUUACCCGAAACCGAAUAAACUACAGACAGUAUGUGGUGUCAGAUUCAGAAACAGAAUCUAUAAAACCUAACAAGUCUAAUGCCACAGAUGAUCAUUCAGAUCCCAGUGAGAAUGAGAACGGGGAAUAUAUGAUGGAAACGGAAACUGAAGAUUCAGAUGCUGGUGAAGAUGAUGAAGAGCAAGAGGAUGUACAGGAAAUAGACGUAGAUAAGCCUAUUGAUUUUCCUGUAGAGGAGAGAGAACAAAACCCACCGCCUGAAAAUCUAAACCGUCCCAGUCAGGAGGAUGUAGAGGGCAUGAACAAAAGACACUUCCUCGAUUUAAAUGAGCUUGCCCCUUGUGCGGGUUUUGAAGACUGUCCAAACUCGGUUAUGAAAGAUGAAAACAAUGAUUACUGAAGCUUCCCCUUCUUGAACGCAGAUAUUGUAGUCUUCCCGAUCAAGGAAACAUGUAUGAAAAUAUUAUUAUAAAUUUUGUUGCAAUCCCUAACGUUUCUAUCAGAUCACAUACAAAGGCAUAAUCUGAGCAGCUACCAUGAUGCGUGAUUUUCCACCUGAAGCAGCAUGAUGGUGAGUUGUGUAGAAUAGUUGGUCAUUUUUAGUAUGCCUACAUUCAAAAGAUCAAUGAAAAUGAAUGACAAUGAGAAUUUGCUAGGUGUUAUUCAGCUCCAUCCUGGCAAUGUACUAUAACUAGUAUUGUAACUUCAGAGAUAUGGCUUAUUGGAUCACCGAGCCAUGUAAUUCUAUUUUUCUUGAACCAUGUAGUAAUCAUCAGCUCGAGUUCAUCAGCA